ACAUUUUUAAUUUGUUCCCACGUGACUUUUGCGUUACGUCUCACCGAACUAAAACCACUCUGUGGCUCUGUGCUCUUCCCACUAACACUAGUUUUCUUUUUGUUUGUAUUUGUAUAUUAAAAUAUUACUCCACGAAAUCACAUGAUGACUUUAGCCAGCUCUCUCUAUAAAAUGGGAUAUCACCAAUAACAAUACUUUUCCAUAUAGAUCUUCUCAACUCUCAACAAAGUAGAAAGCUAUUACCGGAAGUCUAAUUGGAAUCGAGAGUAUUAUCUUAUCAAAUCAUGGCGAGGAUGAUCGGACCAUUCGAAACUGUGCCGGCGAUUCUCGUUUAUCCGAUGAGGGUUUCAGCUUCGCCUUCGUUGGGGACGAUUUACGAGGAAGACGACGAGUAAAAAACACUUUCACCGACGGGAGAUUGACUGACACUCGAGGGUUCUACUUCUAGAUAUCUUUUUUGUUUGUUUGUUUGUUUAAAUCCAUUACAUUGGAAAUCUACAUUUCUUCGAAUUAUACCCAUUUGAUUGAUACUUGAUAGUAUAUUCUUAAUAAAAAUCUCUUAUAUA